CCGAAAACCAGCCAGUACUGCACGCGGUGCGCGUCAAACUUGUUGUGUGACAUUGACAUAUAAAUUGAUAAUUUGGUCGGUAUUGAGCAGUCUAGUGUCGAACUGCGCAGCGAACUCUACACGCAUUAGUAGAACGUAAAUGUAAUUCCAUUCGAUUCCAUAAAAUCAGCUGAUAGUGUUAAAACGCAAUGAAAUAAUCUUUCACGGUUCAUUUGAGAGUAUAGUCGUCAGUCAUGUCGUGAUAUCGCACGCAGAUGGACGCGGCUAACGGUCCGUCGCUGCGGUUACGCGGCGGCGUAAAUAAUAACAGUGAUAAUAAGAAACAUGAAAUAAAUUUGUGUACAAGUGCCAUGUCCCCGGAGACACAGCGGCUAUUACCGCCAACCUCCGAGACCAUCAUGACCAAGCCGUUCCCGAUUAGAGGUGAACGAGCCAACUAUGUGAACAUUCCACACGUGAUCGCCAUGGUGGGCCUGCCGGCGCGCGGGAAGACCUACAUCUCUAAGAAGCUCUCACGAUACCUCAACUGGAUAGGCAUCAACACCAGGGUGUUCAAUCUGGGCGAGUAUAGACGGCACGCGACCACCGCCUACACGAGUCACGAGUUCUUCCGAGCUGAUAACAAAGAGGCGAUGGCCAUCAGACAGCAGUGUGCGUUGGACGCCCUGCACGAUGUCUGCGAAUGGCUGGUCAAAGGCGGGGAGGUGGCCGUGUUUGACGCGACUAACUCGACCAUGGAGAGACGUCGUAUGAUAAGAGACAUCGUCGUGCACAAGAUGGGCUUCAAGCUGUUCUUCGUGGAGUCCAUCUGCGACGACCCCCGGAUCAUAGAACAGAAUAUUAUGGAGGUGAAAGUGAGCAGUCCCGACUAUACGAACAUCCAGAAUACCGACAACGUCCUCAACGACUUCCUACUGAGGAUAGAACAUUAUAAGGAGAAGUACGAGCCUCUGGACGAGUCCCUGGAGUCGGAAUGUAGCUUCAUGAAGAUAUACGACACCGGGGAGAAGGUCGUGGUCCAUAAACACGAGGGCCACAUACAGAGCCGGAUUGUUUAUUACUUGAUGAACAUCCACAUCGUGCCCAGGACUAUUUACCUGACCAGGCACGGUGAGAGCCUCCACAACCUGGACGGUCGUAUCGGUGGUGACAGUUCCCUGUCUCCACGCGGUUGUCAAUACGCCGGCGCCCUCGCCACCUACAUCGACCAGCAGAGCAUAGCGGGCCUGAGGGUGUGGACCUCCUGGAUGCAGAGGGCCAUCCAGACUGUGAGAGAUGUAAAAGCUCCGCAAGAGAGAUGGAAGGCGCUCAACGAGAUAGACGCUGGCAUCUGUGAAGAGAUGACGUACGCGGAGAUCCAGCAGAAGUAUCCCAAUGACUUCAAUGCUCGUGAUGCCAACAAGUUCGCGUACCGCUACCCCCGAGGGGAGAGUUACGAGGACCUGGUGGCCCGGCUGGAGCCUGUCAUCAUGGAACUGGAGCGACAGGGGAAUGUCCUGGUGGUUUCUCACCAGGCCGUCAUGAGGUGCCUCCUGGCAUACUUCCUAGAUAAGUCAGCAGACGAGCUGCCGUACUUGCACGUUCCCCUGCACACAGUCAUCAAGUUGACUCCUGUGGCCUACGGCUGUCGCGAGGAACACAUCAAGCUGUCCGUGGACGCGGUCGACACACACAGGCCCAAACCAGCUGACGCCGAGGACGGGGAUCCCAAAGAAUUGAAUGUGAUACCAGCGCCGCCUAUCAAGCAGACCGUCCCGCCGAUCCUGAACGGAGACAACAACAGCUACGACAGUGUCAACUAACCAUAGACAAGCAUUCUGUAUUUAGUUUUUAAUGACCAAUUUUCAAACUGUCUAUGAUUUAUUGGAAUGUGUCUACUUAGAGAGGGUCUAUGACAUGAGACUGAUGUUAGCUUGGACUGUCAUCAUGACAGCUCGCGAAUUUGAUGAAAUCAAAUUUCACUGUCAUCUAUAAAAUGCGCGGGGACUUUUAGAGCUUUUUGUUUAUAUUCUUAGGUUUUUCUACAAUACAUUUUUUAAAAUAUAUACAUAUGUAUAUACAUUUAAUAUUUUUAACUGUCGGUAUGUAAUACCUUUUGUUUUAAUACAGUGGGAUAGUCGAUACCAAAGACGUUUUAUAUUCUGUCUGACGUUUCGUAAUAAGCGUAUCUUAUUAUAUUAAGUGACGAGUGCCGUGGCUCCUGACACUGUACGUCUCGCUGACUCCGCGCUUGUAUAUUUUUAUAUCUCAACUGAUUAUCUCAACUUGUUUCGCGUCGUAUUGAUAUAUUUAUAAAUAAUAUGAUAAUAAUUAUAAAGGAAUUUUUACAAAGUGGCUCUAUGUUAUAUGUAAAUUUAUUAUUGUUAAUUUAAUUCUUAAAUAUAAGCGUAUUCUAAGUGGG